UCCAGCCUGCAGGAGACGGACACACAGAUGAGCCAGGAGCGAGCAACAAUGGGACCUGGAGCUUCAGAGGCGGGGGACAGGCUGGAGGCGGCUCCACAGUCAGCGCUGGGCCCUGGAGUCAGCCUGCAUACCUAUGACAUCGUGGUGGUCGUCAUCUACUUCGUGUUUGUCCUGGCCGUGGGGAUCUGGUCGUCCAUCCGUGCAAGCCGAGGGACCAUUGGCGGCUACUUCUUGGCAGGAAGAUCUAUGAGUUGGUGGCCGAUCGGAGCAUCUCUGAUGUCCAGCAAUGUGGGCAGUGGCUUGUUCAUUGGUCUGGCUGGGACAGGGGCUGCUAGUGGCCUUGCCGUGGGAGGCUUCGAGUGGAAUGCAACCUGGCUGCUCCUGGCCCUAGGCUGGGUCUUUGUCCCCGUGUACAUCGCAGCCGGCGUGGUCACCAUGCCACAGUACUUAAGGAAGCGAUUUGGAGGCCAGAGGAUCCAGGUGUACUUGUCUCUGCUGUCUCUCAUCAUCUACAUCUUCACCAAGAUCUCGACCGACAUCUUCUCCGGAGCUCUGUUCAUCCAGAUAGCUUUGGGCUGGGACCUGUAUCUCUCCACGGUGAUCCUGCUGGUGGUCACGGCAGUCUACACCAUCGCAGGGGGCCUCAUGGCUGUGAUCUACACAGACGCACUGCAGACGCUGAUCAUGGUUGUGGGAGCCCUGGUCCUCAUGUUUCUGGGCUUUCAGGAGGUAGGCUGGUACCCAGGCCUGCAAGAGCGGUACAGGCUGGCCAUCCCUAAUGUCACAGUCCCCAAUACCACCUGUCACCUCCCACGGCCAGACGCCUUCCACAUGCUUCGAGACCCUGUGAGCGGGGACAUUCCAUGGCCAGGUCUCAUUUUUGGACUUACGGUGCUGGCCACGUGGUGCUGGUGCACGGACCAGGUCAUCGUGCAGCGGUCGCUCUCCGCCAAGAGUCUGUCCCAUGCCAAGGGAGGCUCCGUGCUAGGGGGCUACCUGAAAAUCAUGCCCACGUUCUUCAUCGUCAUGCCUGGCAUGAUCAGCCGGGCCCUGUACCCAGAUGAGGUGGGCUGUGUGGACCCUGACAUCUGCCAGAGGGUCUGUGGGGCCAGAGUGGGAUGUUCCAAUAUUGCUUACCCCAAGCUGGUCAUGGAGCUUAUGCCCAUUGGUCUGCGGGGCCUGAUGAUCGCCGUGAUGAUGGCUGCCCUCAUGAGCUCACUCACCUCCACCUUCAACAGCAGCAGCACGUUGUUUGCCAUCGACAUUUGGCGGCGUCUCCGCAGGAAGGCCACGGAGCAGGAGCUGAUGGUGGUGGGCAGGGUGUUUGUGGUGUUCCUGGUGGUCGUCAGCAUCCUCUGGAUCCCCCUCAUCCAGAGCUCCAACAGUGGGCAGCUCUUUGACUACAUCCAGUCUGUCACCAGCUACCUUGCUCCGCCCAUCACUGCCCUCUUCCUGCUGGCCAUCUUCUGCAAGCGGGUCACAGAGCCGGGGGCUUUCUGGGGCCUCAUGUUUGGCCUGGGAGUGGGGCUUGUGCGCAUGAUCCUCGAGUUCUGCUUGCCGGCCCCCGCCUGUGGGGAGGUGGACCGGAGGCCUGCGGUGCUGAAGGACUUCCACUACCUGUACUUCGCGCUGCUCCUGUGCGGGCUCACGGCCAUCGUCAUCAUCGCCGUCAGCCUCUGCACAGCCCCCAUCCCUGAGGAAAAGCUUGCUCGCCUGACCUGGUGGACCCGUGAGUGUCCCCACCCUGGAUUACAAGAGGAGGUCUUUGAGAGCUCUCUGGGGACAUCAGAGAGGCCAGUGGAGGAGUGCCCUGGUGGAAGCGGAGCAGCAGAGAACUCCAGCCAGGGCAAGGAGCAGCCGGGAGCCCUAUGCAGGUCCUGGGGAAAGCUGCUCUGGAGCUGGUUCUGUGGGCUCUCUAGGAACCCAGAGCAGACCCUGAGCCCAUCAGAGAAGGCUGCCCUUGAGCAGAAGCUGACCAGCAUCGAGGAGGAGCCGCUCUGGAGGAGUGUCUGUGACAUCAACGCCGUGAUCCUGCUGGCCAUCAACAUCUUCCUCUGGGGCUACUUUGCAUGACUCCACAGACCUGUCGUUCACCAAGACAGGGGAAACAUGGCCCAACCUUGGCCAGCCACAGAGACAGGCUGUCUUUCCCCCUGCUGUCCAGACUGGAAGCCACAGAGGCUGAGCCCCUGAAGAGCAGCACCUGCAAUCUGCUCAGUUGACAAGUGGAGAAAUGGAGGCCCAGGGAGAGCACUCGGUUGGCUCAAGGUCAUACAGCAGGAAUCACCCUGGGCCUUGGGACUCCAAUUCUCUAUUACAUUGCCUUACAUGUCUACCUCAA